AUGCACAUCCUGCGUCCUUUCAGGUUCUCGCCCUCGCCACAUCGAAUCAUCCGAACUUCCUCAAGGAGAACCUUCACCCGUGGCAUUGUCUACCAACUCCCCGAUACAACAAUAAAAGCAGCAUCGCCAAGCCUAACGCUAACCACAAUGGCGACCACCGACCCUGUACUCUCAGACUCCCUGCCCACGUCCACCACUCCUUCAGAGCCUACUCUCCCCAAGCUCACCCAACAUGAAUUCCGCAUCUAUAACCGCAUGGCCGAGCGCAUGGACUACUUCCACAACCAAUUCCGUGAAACCUGGAAAAUUCUUUACUCUGCGUGCGAGACAGGCAAGCGGAGUAAGGGCAUGAGCAUCAGGCAAUUCAUCAAUCUCGGUCUGCAGUUCUGCAGUCAUUUAGAGGGGCAUCACGGCAUCGAGGAGAGACACUACUUCCCCAUCCUCGCCAAAAAGCAGCCAGCGUUCAAAAAAGAGUUGGAACUCCUCACCCAGCACAAGCAGAUACACGUUGGGCUCGACAAGCUCACAAAGUACCUCGACGAGUGCAGUACUGGCGAGAGGGAGCUGCGACUGCCUGAGCUCAAGAAGAUCCUCGAUGGGUUUGGGAAGGUGCUCUGGCAGCAUUUGGACGAUGAGGUUAAGGAGUUGGGAGCGGAGAAUAUGCGCAAGUAUUGGACUAAGGAGGAGAUGAUUAGGAUGCCUAUGUGA